GAAUGUCAAAUUUGAAUACACGUGCGAGUUGUUUCUAACGAAGUUUAUUUUAUUUAAUGAUUUUUAUUUGAUAUAUUGCUAUAUAAAAUCAUGCCGGCAGCAGUGGCCACAGGAGUGCAAUUCGGUGGACCGUCCAAAAAUAAAAAAAUAGUGUUCGACGACUCCGGCGAGGCGGUAGUUAAACAAAACAAAAAGGAGCACCCACAUAAGCCACAAUUUCAAGGCAAGGAACAGGUGAAAAAGCCGCAGAAAAAUAAAUUUGGAGAGAAUGGAAAAUCAGCGGGUGGUAAAUCCUUUACUAGAAACCACCAAAAGCCUGAUUUUGCAAAUAAGCCACAGAAAGUAAAGUUUGGUAAUGAUGGAGAACAAGUAGCUUCCAAAUCGUUCAACCAAAAUCAUAAAAAUGGUCCAAAACCACAGAAAAUCAAAUUUGGAGAGGAUGGAGAAGCUGUAGCUCAAAAACCAUUCAACAAAAACAACUUUAAACAUAACGGUCAAAAGUCGGACUUUGCUAAUAAACCUCAAAAAAUAAAGUUUACUGAUGAUGGAGAAGAUGAAGUAACUCCAAAUUCUUUCAACAAAAAGACGGAACCGGUCAAGAAGUCGCAAAAAAUCAAGUUUGGAGAUGACGGAGAGUCCACGGAGAACUUAAAAAAGCCUCAACGAAUCAAGUUUGAUGAGGAUGGAGCUGGAAAAAAUGUAUCCGAUAGCGAUGGGGACAGUGACGAGGAAUUUGGGGACUCCAUUUCCAAGAAGCACAACAAAUAUCAGUCAAAAAUAGAUGAAGACGAGGAGUCCCAAAAGAAGUGGUAUCAUGUGCAUCCCGACUAUCCCUCUACCGAUGAGGUGCUGGACAUGAAGGAGAACGAUCAGCUGGAGCUCUACAAUCUCUGCAAGAAUUCCUUUGAGGCGGAGAAGACAACUUUUAAUAAACGCAAUCCAUCGGAUGCCCGCUGGUUGCAAACCGCUCUGCACAAGGGUACAGCAAAGGAUCGGGCCAAUGCGGGAGCCCUUUUGGUGACGAGCAAUCCACUAGGCAACUUGGAAGCAUUGACCACUUUAAUUGGCUUCUGUAAGAUCUCCAACAAGGCCAGUAAUGAUGUGAUAGCAGUGCUCACGGAUUUGUGGCAGGAGGUGCUCCUCCCACCAAACAGAAAACUCCUGGCGGUGCACACACGUGGUGCUGAUUGGAAAAAGCUGAAGAAGGAUGAGAAUUUGCACAACGAACAGAAGCGACGCAUUUACGCGUACUGGCAUUUCGAAAGCGAGUUAAAGGACCAGUACCACGAGUUUUUGAAGAACGUGAUGCAGGGCUUACAGACUGGGCAGGAACACAAUAAGAACUCCUCUAUUGUGACUGCCGCCAGGUUGCUGGCUUAUGCUCCCGAAAAAGAACAGCUCCUGCUAACCAUGCUGGUGAACAAACUGGGCGACCCCAUCGCCAAGAUUGCCUCCAAAGCGUUGCAUCACCUCAGCGAGGUGGCCCAGAAACACCCCAACAUGUGCGGUGUUAUUGUUGCCGAAGCAGAAAAGCUACUUUUCCGUAACAACAUUUCCGAGCGAGCGCAGCACUUUGCACUGUGCUUCCUCUCGAGCAUCGCACCCUCUGGCCGGCCCGAAGUUUGCACCAAGUUGGUCAACAUAUGCUUUGCCCUCUUCAAGGUUCUUGUCCAGAAGGGAGCCGUAAAUAAUAGGACCAUGCAGGCCAUUCUGCGAUGCCUGCAAAAGGCUAUCGUGGAGGCUAAGCCGGCAAAGGAUAGCAACGGAGAGUUACUCACCAAGGAAAUGCAGGACACCAUCUACCGCUUGGUGCACUUGGCAGACAUCAGAGUCGCUGUACAGACACUCGGUCUGCUGCUGCAACUGGUUGCAGUUAAAACUGAGAAAUCGGAUCGGUUUUAUAAUGCUUUGUACGUAAAGCUGCUGGAUUUGAACCUCAUUAAUGUGGGUAGUAAAACGGCGGCUCAUCUACUGCAUAUUGUACAUCGUGCCAUCCACAUCGACAAUCAUGUGGCCAGGGCCCAGGCAUUCGUAAAGCGCCUCCUGCAGUUGACGUUAUACGCUCCUCCCCACAUUGCAGCUGGUUGUUUAAUCGUCAUCCACAAGUUGCUGCGCAUGCGCCGUGAGCUUAUUGGCGGCACCGGAGCUUCAGAGGAAGUGGAAGAAGGAUCCAAAGUUGUCCUACCAGUUGGCGCGGAUCUGGACAAGUUCGGCAGCGACGAUGAGGAAGUUUACGAGGAUGUCAAAGAGGAGGCAGAUGAUACAAAAGGCUCCAAUCCGUUGGAAGAGAAGGCAGAGGAUGGUGUCAAACCAAAUGCAUCCUCCUGGCACCAUGCCAGUGUGGCUGCCACAGAGGCCAAGGUGCGGGAUAUUGAUUCCUGCAAGUACGAUCCGUACCAUCGAGUGCCCGCUUUUGCAGGAGCUGCUUAUACACUCCGCUACGAACUAUUGUUGCUGCGGCAACACUACCAUCCCACCGUUCAGGUCUUUGCCGAACAGAUCCUUCAGCAAUCACGCAUUGAUUACUAUGGUGAUCCGCUCAGAGAUUUCGGACUGCCACACUUUUUGGAGCGUUUCGCCUUCAAGAAUCCGAAAAAGCUGGAAGCACAGGCAGCGGAAAGUGCUACCGUGGCACACAAACGAUACAUGGCUCACGGGGCGCGAGGAAGACCAGUAAAAUCACUGACAAAGGCCAACUGCACCGAGGACGAGAUGUUCAUCUUCAACUUCUUAGAGCAUAAACGCAAACAGGCGGAAAUUGUGGCGCAGAACAAGAAGCAGAAGGAGGUAAAGAAGGACGCCCCAGAAGAUGGAGACGAUGGCGAGGCUGGGGAGGAAUACCUGAAAGAGGGCGAAGUAGAUGACGAUGAGUUCGAGGCCUAUUUGGAUGGGUAUUUCGGCAAGAAGUUCAAGGAAGGUGCCGACGAGGAGGAGGGUGAAGAGGAGCUAAACUUCCUGCAGGAGCUAGGCGGCGAGAUGAAAAAGAAUAAGGCCAAGGACAAGAAGAAGAAACAGUCCGACAAGGCGGAGGAUGAUAUGGAUGAUAUAGAUGACGACUGGGGUGAUGACGACUUGGCAGAAGAUGAGGACGAAGAAAUGGAAGGCGAAGAUCAGUCCGAUGAUGAAACGGGUUCAAUUGAUUUGGAGCCACUUGAUGACGACGACGAUGACGAUGAUGAUGAUGAUGAUGAUGAGGGCUCGAUUUCAGAAGGCGGCCCUGACGACAGUGAUUCAAGUGAUGCUCCUGAAAGUCCAGACGAGGAGGAUGACGACGAAGAUGCACCACCGCGAUCCAAAAAAUCCCGCAAAGACUCCACCGACAUGGUGGGAGGACGAACUUUUGCCAAAACACUCAAACAGAGUCACGAUAUGUCCUCUCUGUUUGCUGCCGCCGAUGACUUUUCUUCGCUGCUGGAGGAGACGGCCAAGGUUAAGGGUCAGGGAACCAGCAAUGCCGUUUUCAACAAGGACAAGUCCUCCGACAAACAAUUGAAAUGGGAAGAAAAUCGACGAUCGAACUCCAAAUCCUACAAGGGCAAGAAGUUUGCCGGCAAACCAGCGGCCAAAGGUGGCAGACCACAGAAGGCGGGCAAGAAGCGGAAACACUAAACUAAACUCGAUUAUCAAACUCUAAUCCAUGUAAAUGGUUAGAUUUGUAAAUAAAAACCAAUUACAAUCAA